AUGGAUAACGGGGAGAUGGGGGAGAUGCCGGUGCUGAGCGCGGACAGUGUGAGAGUGGCGGUGCGGGUGCGGCCUUUCAGCCAGAGAGAGAAGAACUCUGGAAGCCAAUGUGUGAUUUCCAUGCAUUCCCAAAGCACCACUAUCCGAGACCCUAAGAACAGAGGAUGCUUGAAGACCUUUACCUUUGACCUGGCUUACUGGUCUCAUGACGGAUUUCAAAAGGACGAAGAUGGUGUCCUUAUUCCAUCCAAUCCAACUAGUAAAUUUGCAGGCCAGAUCCAUGUGUUCCAUGACAUUGGAAGGGGAAUUCUAGACAAUGCCUGGCGAGGCUACAAUGCUACUCUCCUGGCCUACGGCCAGACUGGCUCUGGAAAAAGCUACUCCAUGAUUGGCUUUGGCACAAACAAGGGUAUAAUUCCAAGAGUGUGUGAAGAGCUCUUCCAAGCUAUGAAGACGCAGAAGAAAAACGUAGAACCCCAGGUCAUGUUUAGCAUGCUGGAAAUCUACAAUGAACAGAUAAGAGAUUUGCUGUCCAGAACCAAGACACCCGGAGGGUUAAAAGUCAGGGAAGACCAACAGUUGGGUUUUUUUGUGGAAGGUCUGAAGUGGGUGCCUUGUGAGAAUUACGCACAAAUUGAAAAGCUGAUGGAGCAGGGAUCCAAAAUCAGGAUGACAGCUUCGACCAACAUGAAUGCCAGCAGCAGCCGGUCCCACAUGGUCAUCACCAUCCAGCUGAAGCAGGUUUUCCUGGACAUGGCCCUCACCAAACAAUCCAGCAUCAACAUGGUGGACUUGGCAGGAAGUGAGAGGCAGAAAUCAUCAGGGUCUGAAGGAGACCGGCUGAGGGAAGGAUCUAGGGUCAAUUUAAGCCUAACCAGUUUAGGAAAUGUCAUCAGUGCUCUGGCUGACUCAGCCACGGGGAAGAAAGUCCUGCACAUCCCCUACAGAGAUUCUGUUCUCACCAAACUGCUGAGGUCGGCUCUGGGCGGGAACAGCCGGACCACACUGAUUGCAGCUAUAAGCCCAGCCGAUACCUGCUAUGAGGAAACCCUGUCGACACUGAGGUACGCUGAGAGGGCUAAAAAGGUUCAGAACAGAGCUACGAUCAACACCUGCACAGCGGUGAGAGCGGUCAGGGCUGAGGACAAGCUGCUGCUUGCAUUCGGGGGCACCGGAGCGCCAGAGCACCCAGCUUGUUUUCUGGCAGAAUGGCAGCUGAGGACUCGGGAGACCUGGGCCCACCUGCUGGCACAGGCACAGAAGGAGUGGGAGGAGCAAUAUGCGGCUCUCUCCCAGGAGCAGCAGAUGGUGAAGGCUGUCCCACACCUCCUCAAUGUCAAUGAGGACCCACAGCUCACGGGGGUCCUCAAGUACUUCAUUCCCAAUGGCUCCUGUGACGUUGGUCGAGCUGCUACAAACACUAUCUGUCUUCAAGGCCUGGGAAUUUCAGAUAAACAUGCUUCCUUCGUGAAUUUGGAAGGUAAAGUGACAGUCGCCCCACACAGCAAGUGCAAGGUUGUUGUUAAUGGGAUACCCGUCACCAACAGGACGAAGCUGCAGCAUUUGGACCGCAUCAUCUUGGGAUCCAACAGUGCCUUCCUCUACAUCGGGUUUCCCUCAGAGCGAGGUGGUGAAGAUUUAAGCAAAUUCGACUAUGACUUUUUCCAGCUGGAACGGGCAGCUGCUGAGGGAGUGAGUGUCGGCAUGCUUGGUACCAUGAGCCCCGGAGAUGGCCGAGCUGACCCCAGUGUCUUAGCUGUGUUCCAGGACUACAUCAAACUCAUGCCGCUGGUAGUGGAAGCAAAUCAGAUGAGUGAGGAGCUAGAGAAGGGGCUGAAAAUGGAAUUGAAGGUGAAGAACUUAGCAUCGUCAGAUUCCAGGGGCUACGACCUCCAGAAAGAAGUCAUGGUGAAGGUGACCAAACCACGGACUCGCCAGGUAUGGAUUUGGUCAAAAGCCAAGUUUAUCAAUAGGAAAUUCCUGAUGGAGGAACUUUACCAGCGCUUCCUAGAGAGUGAAGACAGCCAGGUGGCUCAGGAAGAUGACCCUUUCUGGGACCCUGUGGAGGUUGUCCACUUGGGCUCAGCACACAUCUGGCUACAGUCCCUGGCUUACUGCAUGAUGCUGGAGGAGCAGGUGGAGUUUCUGAACUGUGACGGACUGGAAGAGGCCGUGCUGCACAUCCGGAUAGCUCCCUGCUCCCCGGAGGGAUGGGCGUGUGGUGAGGAAGACAUGGUUAUUGACCCUCUGGAGCUCCUGGGCAAGAGGAUUGACUUCCAGAUUCACAUUGUUGGGUGCCUCGGUGUCAAGUGGCUAAAGGAAGAUUCGACCCGGGGCAUUCAGAUGGGGUACAAAAUUUAUGAUCUCCCAAACCCUCUAUAUACCAAGCCUGUGUGGAAAAGUGUGAAUCCCCAAAUUGAAGAGACUGUCCAUGUUGUAGCCUUGAGUGCAUCUCGAGAGUUUCUGGAUUAUUUACUGACAAAUGCCCUUAUUGUUGAUUUGUGGGGCCUCCAAGAAGGCUGUGCUGAGCUAGGCUUCUCUCAGAUGGACAUCCUGCUCCCAGGCGAGGGCCACAUCAUGGUAGACACCAAGAAAUUUUCCAGUUUGAAGACUGUGAGCCAGAUCAUGUCAAACCAGGUGCCAGAAAUUUAUCAGAAGCUGCUCAAGUUAGAGCAGGAGACGGAGCUACUCAGGGAUGUUAACCGAGCCCUCAGACAAGAAAACCUGUUUCUCAAGACCUCACUGGAAACAACUGGUUCUGCUCAACAGGCCCAGAGGCCAGAUAAUCCAGAGAGAGCUGCAGUGUCAGCACAGCUGCCGACAGCCAGAGAGGCUAAGCAAAUGUGUGCUCAGCAAACCAGCUGUGAUGUGCAGCUGGCCAGAGCUCUGAAGGUGUUCUAUCGAGGCAUGAGCAUGGCCAGAGGACAGCUCCUCAGACUGAGGCAGUGCAGACCUCCUGAAGACGAUCAAAUGCUUCGACCUUUUGUGCACCAACAGUCACAGAUGCUAAAGGAUUUGGAGGACCUGCUUGAAUCCAGCUUACAGAAGCUGAAAAAUGAUGUUGCUUUCAUAGUGAAGAAGAAGAAGGAGUAUCUACUGCACAUCCAACAGUGAGGAUGGGCAAACUAAAAACUGCAAACAUGCUGAGUUAAUGAGCGUCAUUGACUCACGUAAUUGCAUCUACCAGUUUUGGAUAAGACGCCUCCACUUGGCCUUUUUUCUGAUAAGGACUUGCUAUGGGAACCAGAUUGGCCUUAUCUUGCCUCUGUAUCCCCAGGCCCAAUGUGGGGAUCACAGACCUGUGCCCCCACCACACUGGGCCUUAACUGGAUUUAAAAAUCCUAUAAAAUUAAGACAUACACGGAAUGGGGGGAGGACAUGUCUGUGGUAAAUGUUCAGAACCUGGAACUCUGGAUUUGAUUGCCCGCGGUUCAAUCCUGGUUAAAUUCAUCACUUACACACUGUGCAACAUGGGGCGACUUACUCACCUUCCCUAAGCCUCUCUCCUCAUCAGUUAUCUGGAAUGGUUAAUGAUUACCAACCUCCUAGCAGAGACUCGCAUGCAUUUAUCAUCAGUGCUUUCCUGGAAAAUAGUUCACUUUUUUCUUUUUAAAAAGAUUGUAUUAUGUGUGUCUGUAACCAUGUGUGGUACCUUUUUGGCUAGAAGAGGGAGUUGGAUCAUCUGGAGCUAGAGUUACUAGCAGCUUUUGGCUCCACCUUGGGUGCUAGGCACUGAUCUUGGGUCUUCUGUGAGACCAGUACUUGCUUUUAAGCCAUUUCUCCAGUAUGUUUUUUUUUUUUUUGAGACAGGGUCUCACUCUUAACCCAGGCUGCCCUGGUCCUUUGCUUCAUAUCCCCAGUACUAUUAUUGCAGAUGUGAGUUGACAUGUUUGGCUUUUCCAUUCCACACUUUAAAUAAAGCCUGUCU